CAUAUUAAUCUAACUGAAUUUUGGAGGAAUAAAUUGCAGAUAUUUACUUUCUAACCGUACUUCAGAGCUUCAGAUAAAAUGACUUCCUGUCUCUCAAUUUCCUGUAUCCAUGGUAACUCUGUUUUAACCAGUCAUUGUGGAGGAGCCAAUGGGAAGAGUAGUGUUUCCUGUAGGAACAGUUGCAGAACCUGCGACAAAAUGUGAGAAACUAGGAUAUUGUCUAGAAAGUUCGUAACAUAAACUCUGAUAUAUGAAUGUAAUAGCAGUUCCAGGGAGCUACAGAAGAACUCUUUUUAACUGACAAAAUGAACAUCACAUUCUGGCACAAUCAGUGAUGAGAUGAGUGGGAGAGUCCAAGCCUGGGAUAUGUGUCAGUUUCUCCACCUCGGGUCGUUUCGGCACAUUCUUAAUUGUCUUCUUUUGUUGCUGAUCCAGAAGGAAAUACUUUGCUGUCCAUCUCUUUGCCACCACUGUACAGGCAAACAAGCUGACUGCCGUAAUUCAGGCCUUUCAUCCAUUCCAAAGAAUUUUCCUCGAAGUACCAUAUUUGUAUAUUUAAGUGGGAAUAAAAUAUCACAUGUAAAUUCAAAUGAAUUGGUAGGCCUUCAGCAUCUUGCUGUGCUCCACUUGGAUAAUUCUAGCAUUUCAUGUAUAUACCCAAAGGCAUUUGCUGAAUUUAAGAAGCUGUGGUACCUACGUCUGAACAAUAAUCAAAUAAAACGCCUGGAUCCUGGAACGUUUGAAGGACUUCCAAAUCUUCACUCUUUGUGCCUGCAAAAUAAUGAAAUUGCUUUUGUUCCUAGAGGAUUAUUUAGUGGUCUUACUUCAGUCCAAUACCUAAUGCUUCAAAGCAAUCGCCUUAGCAUCCUUGGUGGUGGCACUUUCUUUGGAAUGAUUAGUCUUCGGAUUCUCAACCUAGCCAACAAUAAGAUUUCAAGGAUAUCAAAUGCAGCAUUUCAUCACCUUGACAACCUUACAUGUUUGUACCUUGAAGGCAACAAUUUAACACAUGUGCCAUCCAAUGCUUUUCUAGUGUUGAACAAUCUUGAAAGACUUUCAUUGUCACAGAACCCUAUUGGAUCAAUAUCUCCCUUUGCAUUUAAAGGACUUGUCAAUCUUGAAUAUCUGUCUUUAAAAAGUGCAAACAUAAAAGCUAUCAAUGUGAAUGGUUUUUCAGGGCUAAAUAGGCUUAAAAAAUUAGUUUUGAGCAAUAAUAAUUUAGAAAACAUCAAUUCGAAUACUCUUGCAUUGUUGGAUAAUUUAAUAUUUCUGCAACUUGACAGAAACAGAAUAAUCAAUAUUGCAGAUAAUACAUUUGAAAAAAUUGGGUCCUCUUUGAAGAUACUGAAUCUAGCCUUUAAUAAUCUUACAGAUUUGCAGCCUGAAGUGCUUAAGCCUUUGGUUUCCUUAACUAUCUUACAGGCUAGUCACAAUCCUUGGAAUUGUAGUUGCAGAUUGUAUGGGCUAAUUAAUUGGCUAGCAUCUUCCUCCAUCUCUGUAAAAAUUAAUUGUCAAAAUCCUUCCAGGCUGCAUGGAAGGCAGCCUGGAAUUAUGCUAAAUUAUGCUAAAUUGGGUUCUCUUCCAAACUGUUUCAACUCUACCAUAAGACCGAAAAUACUUGGGAAUAUAAAACCAGCAGGUAUGCAUCCUAGCACCACCACUCUGUUGAUGACAUGGAAUAAAACCCACACAAGCAAUGCAGUUUAUGAACAUCAAAGGAAUAUGGCUACAAAUGCAGUGACUUCGUGGAUAAAAAGGCCUACCACAUCUGCCAGUCAACAUCAUUAUGAAGAGUAUUCCAGUGGAAAACUGAGACAGACAACUACAGAGUUUUCAGUGUUAACAGUACAGAUGAUACCUGUUAAUUUGACCAUUCAAGAAAAUAGAGCAUCUCCUCCAGAAGCUGAUUCUGUAUCAUUUAAAACAUCUCUAAUCUGUACACAGCCACUAGAGAAACUAAAUCAGGCUUUUGAGAUUUUAUUAACAUUUUUUAUUUUGGCCUGUGCUGUGAUCUUCUUUCUAAUUUACAAAAUCAUUCAGUUUAGGCAGAAACUCAGAGUACAAAUGAAUUCUGACAAUGGAAUAGAAUACUAUAGUUUUUAUCAGGCUGCUGGAUACAAUGUAACGGAUCCAAUGCAAUCUGUUCCACAGAACCCACUAGGAAGUUCAGAACUGGACCACGAUCAGCUUUCUAAACCAACAGCACUUCAAAGUGAAGCUCAGGUCAUCUUAUUUGAACAUUCAGCAUUGUAAUGUGCUGUGGCUGCAUGUAUAAAGGCCAAGACAGCAACUGCAUGUGACCUUUUGUAAAUAAGAGUUUUAGUAAAUAAAAGUUUAGCUGCUCACCAUUUGGGGCAGAGGAGAAUCUAGACUGGUAUCGAUAUUUCCCCUUGAAAUAUUGUCAUCAUUUGCUGUUUUAAUAGCUGCAUUUUGUAUGACUCUUAAGCUUUUGUUAUGUAUUAUUCUAUUUUGUCCCACCUGCCUAUGCAAAACUCUUCAUUCAUAACUCUUGCAUUACAGCCGUAUGUGUUCUGUGUUCCACCUAUAUCAGAUAUUAAAUCCUUGCCUUAAAAGAUCAUAGUCUUUUAAAGUAUUCAUUAAUAUUAAAUAAUUCAUAGAAACAAUAAAAGAUAACUUUCAAUUG